AGAGAGAGAGAGAGAGAGAGAGAGAGAGAUGGCUACCUCUCUCUCGCCCAGUCUCUUCCGCCACGCUUCUGCGCUCCUCCUGAAAACCCUCACACCUCGCACUCGCCCGCACGCUUCUCUGCGACCCAAUCACAAACACCUUGCGCCCAUUACCACCUCUCCCAUCUCCUCCACCCCCAAAACCCUCCAAAAAACCUCGCCGGGACUCACCAGAGAGCCUCCUCCGCCACCGCCUCGACAUGUGCUCCAAAUCCCUCGACCUUCCUUCGGCUCUCCACCUCUACGACGACGCCCUCGCCUCCUCCCUCUCCCUCAACCUUCACCUCUACAACUCCCUCCUUUACCUCUGCUCCUCCUUCCCCCACCCUCUUGGCCUCCAGCGUGGCUUCCAGAUCUUCUCCCGCAUGUCUGCUGACCCUUCCGUCGUCCCCAACGAGGCCACUUUCACUGCUCUCGCUCGCCUUGCCGCCGCUGACAAGAACCCCCGUCUCGCCUUCCAGUAUGUCCUCCAGAUGUAUAGUUCUGGUAUCCCUCCUAAGCUUCGGUCCUAUGGCCCUGCUCUCUUUGGCUUCUGUGAAAACCGCGACCUUGAUGGUGCUCGUGAGGUUGAAGCUCAUAUGGACGCCUCUGGCGUCGUCCCUGAGGAGGCUGAGCUUGCUGCAUUGUUCAAACUAUUCUCUGAGUCCGGGAAUGCUGAUGAGGUUUACCGGAUUCUCCACCGGAUGCGGGUUUUGGUGCGACGCGUGUCUGAAUCGACUGCGGAGAUUUUGGAGCGAUGGUUUGAGUCGGAUGUAGCUGCGGAGGUUGGAGUAGAGGAUUGGGAUGAAAAGAAGGUGAAGGAAGGGGUGAUUAAAGGAGGAGGGGGUUGGCAUGGGCAGGGGUGGCUUGGAAAUGGGAGGUGGUGUGUUGGGAGGAGUGAGAUGGAUGGGAAUGGAGUGUGCCAGAAAUGUGGGGAAAGAUUGGUUUGUAUUGACAUUGAUCCAAAUGAGACUGAAGAUUUUGCAAGGUCAUUGUCGGCUUUGGCUUGCCAGAGGGAGGCCAAGGAUGAUUUCUCUCGCUUUGAGGAGUGGCUUGACCGCUGGGGGCCAUUUGACGCUGUCAUUGAUGCUGCCAAUGUAGGCCUUUGCAAUCAGCGUGAUUUUAAUUUUCAUCAGUUGAAGUCUGUUGUAAAUGGGAUGCGAGAAAGUAGUCCUUUGAAAAAGUUGCCACUUGUUAUUUUGCACAAUAGACGUGUCAAAGGUGGCCCAGCGAAUUCUCCAAAUAAUAAGGCACUUAUAGAUUCUUGGCGAAAAGCUGGUGUCUUGUAUGUUACCCCUCAUGGAUCAAAUGAUGACUGGUACUGGUUAUAUGCGGCUGUCAAAUGUAAAUCUCUGCUUGUUACAAAUGAUGAGAUGAGGGAUCACUUGUUUGAACUUCUUGGGACCAGCUUCUUUCCAAGAUGGAAAGAAAAACAUCAGGUGCGACUCUCAUUUUCUAGACGUGGCCUUUCUUUCCACAUGCCACCUCCAUAUUCAAUUGUAAUACAGGAGUCUGAACAAGGUAGUUGGCAUAUGCCAACAACUGUUGGUGAUGACAUUGAAACUCCUCGCCAGUGGGUUUGUGUAUCGAGGGAUGCCGCAUCCGAUUUAUCUUUAGCUGAUCCACGGUUGAUUCAAAUGAAAUCAUAACAUCGAUAUGAGCUGUUUCGGGAGAGCAAAUGCCGUACUCGAUGUGUUUUUUUUUUCCACUCUAAUUAUUUGUGCUUGUGGGCUUCAUUCAAUUCAUGCAUCAUCUGUUGAAGCAUAUUCAUUUAUUCAUAUGGGUUUUUCAUUGUCAACAGAUGUGAGAGUUAGAUUAUGUUGUAAAAGUAUGAAAUUUUUGUGCAAACAGUAUGUUAUGAUGGAUGAACAUUUGAGAUUUAUUCAUGUUCUAUGUCCAAAUAAAAUGAAAAAAGGAACCGAAAUCCAUCUGAAAA